AUGGUCGCGCCACUCUCGCCCAACCCUGCCCGCAACCCUGCGUUGGGGCCGGGAGAAGGCAAGUAUGACAAGAACUUCCUGCUGGCUUUCCGCGACAUUUUCACCAAGCCGCCCGAAGAGCUUGACAAAAACCUCCGUCGCGCCGGCGUGAAGCGCCCGCUCACCCCGCCGCCAAGAAGCAAUUUGCCUUCCAUCUCCGUCACUCCGGCUGGGAGUGAGCAUAAGAGGGUGGUGCUUAGCAUAGACAUGAAGCUCAAUAGGAAGGAGAACAUUGGAUUCCUUCAGAGACGCACCGAGGAGAGGCUUAAUACCAAGGAGGCCGAGUUAGCGGCCCAACAAAAGGACUUGGACCACCAGAAGGCGGAGCUCGAGCAGCAGAAGCGGAAUUUCAACGAAGAGAGAGCUCAGCUCUACGAAGACUUCAUCAACUCACAGAGCCGUCUGGACGACAGGUUCCAAAACCUUCGCGUUGAGACAGACAAGUUUGAGAGGUCCAGGCUCGAGCACACGGCCCAGAUCUUAUCCGAGAAGGCGCAGCUUGAGAAUGCAAAGAAGGCCUCCCGAACUCAAGCCAGUGGGAUUCAACUACAGUCGGGACAGAUGAAGGACAACAUGAUUGCUACUGCUAAGCGGGCGCUAGCUUUCUUCCAGAUCAAGGACAACAUCUCUGAUGAGCUCGGCCAGCGAGCCUUGGCCGCGCUUGAGGCUGACAUCAUCGCCUUGGAGGAGGAAGAGCUGGACUGCUAUUCUUUCACUAGCCCCGCGAAUGUCCACAACUCUCAGAGCGAGCCCCAUCCGCUUUCCACAAGCAACCUCGUUGUUCCUCGCCACAGCACAAACGGGUUGGUCCUCAUUACUGGAAUCCCCCAUGGCCUCAAGCAAGAUGAGGUCAUCCGCGCUGUGAAUUCCAUCUCUGGGAACACCAUUAAGGUCUACGCUGUUCUUCCAGGACCAUCGACCAUGACUGCUCUGGCUUCCUUUGUGCAUCACCCAGUAAAGCUUUUCGAAGGCAACUUCUACGUAGCCAAGGACGGCGGCGUCCAGUCCAUCGGCAGCGUGCGUUUGCACUUCAUGGUUCUUAACCUCUGGGGACGACAGUAG